AUGGAAUACUUGCAUCAACGUGUAGCACGAGUGCAGGAGAAAGCCGAAGGAAAGGCUCGUCUUGCAGGAUGGGUGCUGCCAAAACAACAAACCUCAUUCGCACCCGAAGGAACGUGGACCAAUAUUGAUCUCGAUGUGACUCCGCCUGAGCGACGAAUAUGGACACCGCUCUCGGUGCUUGGGUACUGGGUCUCUGACAUCCUUUCGGCCCAGAGCUGGCAGAUCGGAGCAUCUGUUCUGGCAAUCGGACUAACAUGGCGUGAGGCCAUUUGGUGCGUCAUUGUCGGGUCGGUGGUAAUGUCAUUUGCGAUCGCGUUCAACGGAGCACCGGGAGCAUACUUGCGUAUUCCCUUCCCAGUCUGGAUCCGCUCAGCUUUUGGUUACCAUGGGGCAAAGUUCCCUGUUGUGUGUCGUAUGGUCACGGCACUCUUCUGGCAUGCUAUCCAGACAUAUACAGGGAGCACGGCUAUGACGGUCAUGCUUACGGCGAUCUGGCCCAGUUACGCGCGGAUACCAAACCAGCUUCCGGCCAGCGCAGGAAUCACCAGUCAGGGGCUUUUGAGCCACUUUCUCUUCUGGAGCAUACAGCUGCCUUUUCUGACAAUCCAACCCCACAAGCUGAAAUGGUUCUUCGUCUUCAAGGCCUUUGUUACCAUUACUGCCGCAGUGGGUACAACGAUUGCUGUUUGUACCAUGGCUGGAGGGUCUGGAGAUAUCUGGAAUCAGACGCCGACUGUCUCCGGAUGGACAAGAUCUUGGCUCAUUGUUUCGACACUCACCUCUCAAACUGGAAGCUGGUCUACAGUUGGAACAAACAUCUCUGACUUUACCAGAUACGUCAAAGAGCCGCGCAGCACGUUCAUUCAAACCAUUUUCUUCCCACUCAUAUGCUUCGUCAUUGCACUCCUAGGUAUCAUCAGUGCUUCGGCAUCUAGGGUCGUGUACGGCGAAUAUGUUUGGGAUCCAGUAACGUUAGCGAGUCAAUGGACGUCGCCUGGCGGACGUGCGGGAGCCUUCUACUGCGGACUGGCUUGGAUGGUGGCACAGAUAGGAGUCAACGUAUCUGCCAACGUGAUAUCAGCGUCAAACGAUCUGGCCAGUUUGUUCCCCAAGUAUAUUAACAUCCGCCGCGCUGCCAUCAUUUGCACAAUUACUGGUGGAUGGAUCAUGGUCCCCUGGAAGAUCAUAACCAGUGCGGAGAGCUUGAUCAACUUCAUGGCUAGCCUGGGCAUCUUUCUAGCUCCUAUAAUUGCGAUCUCGAUCGCCGACUACUGGAUCAUUAAAAAGCGACGUGUGCAGGUGUCAGCCCUGUAUCAGCCAAACGGGCGGUACAACUAUCGAGCUGGCUGCAACUGGAGAGCUAUGUUGGCAAUGCUGACCAGCAUAGGCCCGACAUUGCCCAGUCUCGUGGUGAAUGUGAACGCGUCGCUAGAUAUUGGAGGAGCGUCUUACAUCGGCUAUUUGGUAUGGUAUUAUGGCUUCCUGAGUGCCUUCAUCGUCUAUAUUGGGUUGAGCAAGCUUUUCCCGGCGCAGGAGAGCCUUAUGUCAGCUGAGGAAUCAUCGACUAUAGAAGGCUUGGAAGCAGAAACAGUGAAGGAGACUUUGAAUGAGUCCCCCAAAAAGUUAGAUUCCUAG